AUGGCCUACAGCUGCUGCUCUGGAAACUUCUCCUCCCGCUCCCUUAGGAGCUGCCUGCCCUCCUCAGGAUCCUGCCGUAGCUCUUCCUACCCCAGCAACCUGGUCUACACCACUACCAGCUGCUCUCCCAGCACCUGCCAGCUGAGCUCCUCUCUGAACACUGGCUGCCAGGAGACCUGCAUUGAGCCCAUCCGCUGCCAGGAGACCUGCAUUGAGCCCAUCCGCUGUCAGGAGACUUCCAUUGAGCCCAUCCGCUGCCAGAGGUCAUGUGUGGUGCCCAGCCCUUGCCAGAAGCCCUGCUACUAUCCCAGGAGCUCCACACCCUGCAGUCCCUGCCAGGGGACAUAUGCUGGCUCUCUGGGCUUUGGGUCCAGAAGCUGCAGUUCCCUGGGCUAUGGUUCUAGAAGCUGCUACCCAGUGGGCUAUGGAAACAGUGGCUUUAGAUCCCUGGAUUGUGGAGUCUACGGCUUCCCUUCCAUGAGUUAUGGGUCCAGAUUCUACUACCCAGUGUAUGUGGCUUCUACAGGAUUUCAACCUUCUUGUUAUAGAUCAAUCUGUGGUAUUGGCUUCUAG